CCAUUUACAGGUUUCGCGAGACUCACGCAGACGCGUCGGUGUGCGGGAGCGUUUGUCCGCCUGACAAACAGGACGAUACUGAUAUGAAAUCUGCGUCAAGGUAAUCAAAAUGCGUUUUCUGAGCAGAGGGCUCGGCUGCUAACGCGAUGCUGCUGCUGGUGUCUGUUAGCUGCCGCAGGGGGACGGUGCUAGCGCAGCGUUAGCUAGCCGCCUCCACUUGGACCCACAGUCACAUCUGCAUUGAGGUAGAGCCAGGACCAACGGGAGGAGCUGCAGCCUUUGACUUUCUGGAGGCAUGUCCAAGAAAAGAGGCAGAAAGCGAAGCAGCGGGGAACUGAGUGACACAGUGAGCCCCGACCCCAAUAGUAUUCUGGGAGUGCGUAUUCAACACAACUGGCGUGAGAAGGGGAACCAGAGCAAAUGGAAGGGAACAGUGCUCGACCGGCUUAGUGUAAAUCCCUCGCUCUUCAUGGUGAAGUAUGACGGCUUUGACUGCGUCUAUGGCAUCGAGCUGUUCAAGGACGAGAGAGUGUCCAACUUGCAAGUCCUGUCCGAAAAAGUUGUAAACAACAAAAUAAAGAUACCUCCCGGGGCGGAGGAGCUGGUGGGCAAAGCUGUUGAGCAUCUUUUUGAAAAGGAGGAUGGAGAGAAAAAUGAAUGGAGAGGCAUGGUCCUCUCCAGAGCUCCAAUCAUGACCAACUGGUAUUACAUCACGUACGAGAAGGACCCCGUUCUUUACAUGUACCAGCUGUGGGAUGACUACGCUGACGGAGACCUAAGGAUUCUUCCUGAAGCAGAAAACAAGCACCUGUUGCCUGCAGACAGGAAGCCAGGAGAAGAGACAGAGAGUCUGGUGGGGAAACAAGUGGAGUAUGUUACUGACAAGGGCGUGAAGAGAACUGGCCUGGUCAUCUACCAAGUCCCGGCCAAGCCCUCCGUCUACUAUAUCAAAUACGAUGAUGACUUUCACAUUCAUGUAUAUGACCUGGUCAAAACCACCUAGAGAGAGUGGACACUGACCGCACCCUCCAGCCCUCCCUCCAUCUGCUUCUGUUCCACUCAUCGUUACAAUCUUGUUAUUCAAAGCCAGGGCAGGGUUGGGUAGUUAAUAGGCUUUAUUGUUGAGAAGAAAGUGCAAUCUUUUGUUGUAUGCACAGCAGAACUGUAGCAUCGCUAUGCUUUGCUAUUUUGAGGGAGUCAACUUGUUUUAUUUGUGCUGCUCUACUUUAUACUUUAUACUUUAACAUUUGGAUAGAACAAUAUUGCACUGCCCAACAGCUGCAAAGUGCAGUUGAUACUAGAAUUUUGCAAUGUUGUCCUGGACACAGUAAUCUGCUUAAGAUUUCCCUUUAAAGACCCUUUACUUUAGGUUUUCUGGGUAGUGCGUUUGGUAUACACACUUUUGUCUGUGUAGAAGCAUUACGGGAGACAUUUAUUUAAUGUUAUGGGUAGAUAAAUACCUCUACUGUAUUUAUCUAACAUAUCCAAUCAAUCAGUGUUAGUAGUGUAAGAAAUGAAUAAAAGCAGCAUUGUAAAGUCACCUUAAUGAGGCCCUUGUGUUGUCAAGAACAGUUCAAAAGAGUUGUGCUCAUGAAGAAAUAUCCCCCUGCAUCUUUGCACCAUGUUUUUAUUGUAAUAUCCAUGGCGGAGAAUUCACUUUUCUUUUUUCAUGCUGUACAUCUCUUCUUUAAGCCUUGAAGGAAGGUUUCUGCACAGAUUCUAUUUAAUUAGUUUGAACAGCACAAGGAACAUCAGAUUCUUUGUCCUGCUAAUUGAGAUGCUUAAUUCCCAUGAUCCCACACAAAUCAUCAAGUGCCUUCCGGCUUGUCAUUUUGCAAUAUUGUACAUACUGUGUACUCUGACUAUCUACGCUCUAAAUGAAUCUUUGCGUAUGAAGGCUGCUAUUAGGUUUUCAUUCAGAAGUGGUGCCACUGACAGCUUGUGGAACGUUUUGCUUUACAUUAGUGCUGUGUUUUUGCUUUAUAAUGCAGUAUGAACAAGUUCUUUAAAUAUAACACACAUCAUCAUUGGUUGUGAAAAGUCACCGUUGAUAUUGUGGGGAGCACUUUAAUUGUAUAAAGUUUACAUGUUUAGGUCAUGUUAUGCUGUUUCCCCAAAAUAUGGCAGAGUAAUGCUUUAUAUCACAUGGAUUAGGAGAAAAAAAUUGUUUCAAUGCAUUCAGAUGACAGUAUUUAAUCUGUACAACUUGUUUAUUGCCUUGUAAUGUUGCCUGUUGUGAUUAUUCACAAUAUGAAUAUCUCACUGAAACACCACCACCACCCUUUAGUGAAAGGGUCAUUCAUACACAAAAAAUUAUAACCGGUGUAAUCUAAACUGACAAACCACUUUGUAGACAGUAGCUAACUGUGGUUCCAGUCUGUCCUGUCUGUCUGGUAUUCUCACAAACGCGACAUGUAUGCUUGCAGUAUGGAUUUCAUCUCAACCUUCUGUCAUUCAGUGUAUCCCUCAGUAAACUAGUUAAUAAGUAGGUGUACCGUUACUGUUAUUUUUAACUGUCGGCGCUGCAUGCACCAUCUGGGCAGUGUCAAGAGAUUUUCAAUUUGAACUUUGGCAUUGGAGAAGUGACAGUGUGUGGCAUAAUAUGUACUGUUUGUUUAAAGCCACUUUUAAAAUAUCAAUCCAAAAAAAGGUUAACACUGUACAUCACCCCUAGUGGUGCUGUCGAGUGGAGUUACAAACGACUGUGCGCGCUCUUCUUCGUGCUUCAAUCACCACCUCCUGUUCUGAAGUUGUAGCAGCAUCAACAGGUAAUAUGUGUCGUUAUUAUUCUGUCAUGGGUAAUAAAGACUUUUGCACAUUU